AUGGACGGUGUACACGAGACAGGCACGCCGACUGAACCAAUCCACCUCAGUUGUCUCCGUUGCAUCCUGAGGCUGAACUGGCAGGAUCGAAUCCCCGACACUGAUGUGCUGGAACGGACGGGAAUCCUCAGCAUAUACGCCAUACUGAGGCAAAUUCAGCUGCGCUGGAGCGGCCACCUGGUGCGCAUGGACGACGAGCGACUACCCAAACGACUCUUCUACGGAGACGUCGCGACGGGUUCUCGUCGUCAAGGAGGCCGAAUUCUCCGUUACAAGGAUACUGUGAAGUCCUCCCUGAAGCGCCUGCAAAUCAACCCGAGGAACUGGGAAUAUCUCGCUCGCGAUCGUUCGACAUGGAGGAGAACAGUGAAGACGGGCGCUGCCAUCUAUGAAGCCAACCGAAUCGCCGCCGCCAAAGCGAAACGCGAAGCCCGCAAAUCACAACUUCGCCCAGUCCGCAACGCCGCCGCAUAACCUCCCCCUACGUGUCCUCGAUGUCAACGGACAUUCCGGGCACGAAUCGGACUUGUUGGACAGCUUCGAAUCAACUGUGCCUCUCGAACUGCUCCAGCCAUCGUCACCCCGCCCGCCUCUUCCUCGUCCUCUCUACCACCAACUAACUCUGAUAACUCUUCUGAACCACCACUUCCAUCCUCCUCGUCGUCCUCCUCCUCCUCCUCCCUCUCCACUGCCCCAGCGGCGGCCGUUCAGACAGCCGUCUCACACAUCACCAACCCCAACACAACAACCGAAAUCACCUCUCUCACCUCUCCCGAUACCACUGAUUAGGAUCAGGACUGCACCUGCCCUCACUGCGAUCGCACCUCCACUUCACGCAUCGGCCUGGACGGUCACUUGCGAAUCCAUCGCACAGAGACCGGCGAACCAGUGCCUGGAGCACCAACCUACACCCACCGCACUCGCCUCCACUGCCCACAAUGUCCUCGCACCUUCACGCAUCGCAUGGACCUUUUCGGCCACAUGCGCAUCCACGAGAGCGGAAUUGACCACAAUUCCGAUACAACCACGACAUCCAACACGGCCAGACCCAUCCUCGCUCCACCGUCACACGCGCCGACCACCACCGCCACCACCACCAACACCACUGCUUCCUCUACAGCUGACACCGACACCGCCAACCUCUCAUGCCCACAUUGUCCACGCACCUUCACCUCACGCAUCGGCCUGGUGGGUCACUUGCGAAUCCAUCGCACAGAGACUGGCGAACCAGUGCCAGGUGCACCAACCUACACCCACCACACUCACCUCCACUGCCCACACUGCCCUCGCACCUUCACACAUCGCAUGGGUCUAUUCGGCCACAUGCGCAUCCACGACGACCUGCGGUAG